CUAUAUCGCUACUCGGUUAGGAAUGCCAACAAAUGUUUGGUGUCAAGUUUGUUUUGUUGAUGGUCAAAAUAACUUUGUCAUCAUGUUACCUGAAGACAUAAUAUUGAACUGAAAUCCACACGAGGUAACCAAGGGGACGAUACUAUAUAAACAAAGCAGUUGAGAUACAGAAACCAAGAUGGCUGAUGUUGCCGCGGAAACCAAGUAUUGCUCCAACUGCAAGAAGGACAUAUCAGCAGCCAACUUCACAAUGCAUGAGGUCCACUGUCGGCGCCACAUCGUCCUGUGCGAGCACUGCGAUGAACCGGUGCCGCGGUCUGAGAUGGAGGAGCAUUUCAGUGAGCACCAUGCUACAGUUGCCUGUACUCAGUGUGGUGAGCAGCAGGAGAAGACCCAGCUACAGGAGCACAUGGAGGGCACCUGCAGCAAGAGGCCCCUGCGGUGUGUUUACUGUGAACUAGAGCUGCCUCGGUGUGACCUUAACUCCCAUCAAGACUACUGCGGAACCAGGACAGAGUCCUGCCCAAAGUGUGCCCAGUUCAUAAUGAAGAAGGACCUGCUUCAGCAUGAAGCCAGCAAUUGUGACUACCCAACCCCCAAACCCGCCACAAAUGGCCACGAUGGUGAUAGAGAUCGUGAAAGGUUCGUGGACUUCCCACAAUACGAUUAUGAGUUUCCUGAUGCAGGGUUUGAUAAUGCGUUCGCGAUGGACGAACUAUCCAGGAUGAUGGAGAACACGAGGAUGCAGGGAAGUCUCAACUCCCAGCUGGACAUGGCUGGGUUUGGACGGCCGAGGAAUGCUCCAGGAACACAGAGCAGGUCGUACACCAAUAAUAACACCACACGCACAAGGAAGAGCACAACCAACAGAAAGUCUGAGCUGAACAGACAGAGGCAAAGAGGUACUUGGCGGAGCCGGAUCCCGGUGGUGAAUGAGGACAUUGAUGAGGACCUGAUGCUGGCCAUGCGGCUCCAACACGAGGAGGAUGAGGACAUUGGACAACUCAUCCGUCAGAUCGAGAAGAACUCCCCUCCAGUCCAAACACCAGUCUCGCCAGCCACUUCUCCGGCUAAUGUCAACACUUUCCCUGAUGAUGAUGACUUAAUUCCCUGUGAAUUCUGUGGUGAACCGUUUCCUGUUGACAUCUUGGUUCAACAUCAGAGUGGCUGUGACCCGAUGUCAACUGUCAACUGGAAUGAGGACACCAGCUGGAGGGGGGAGCGGAACAACGAAGUGGAGGGGGGUUCACGGGGAAGGGGCAUAGCAAUACCUGUGAUCAACAACCUGGACAGCCAGUGGCGGGUGCCGGUUCAGGAGAUCCCCAUUCAGAGGGAAUGUUUGGAUGAGGCAGGGGAGGUACUUCUUCCAUGCGAGUUCUGUACGGAGACUUUUCCUUAUGAAUUACUUAUUCAACACCAGUCUGUGUGUGAGUUCAACCCCAACAUGACACCCCGGGUUCAAACCCCUGCAACCCCAUCACAAAGAAAACCUCAUUUGCGCAACAAAAACCUCCUGUCGCUGACUGCCCAAGAAAUGCUGAUGGGUGAAUCAAGGUCACAUCGACACCAGGGUCUUCCAACGUUCGGUGAUGACCCUGAUGACGAGAUCAAUCAUUUACAAGGUGCAAGAAAUGGCGGAAGAUCUCACAACAGUGGUGCUCGGAACAACACCCCAAGUUCCAGAUCUGUUGCUAGCAAAUAUGGUGCACCGGUCAGUCGCUUUGAUGAACAUUUGACAAAAGGGUCAAGGCCAUCCCAAAGGUCACGUGAUGAUGUUAGUGGUCGGACAGCUUAUUCAGACAGGGCUGGUGGGAGAACUGGAAACACGAGACGAGGAAGCGAGACACGGACCCGGAGUACGCUGGAUGAGCUGCUCAAGGAACCAGAUCCGGGUCAAGGUCUGGGUCAAGGUCCGGUAGUCCCUGUAGGAAGCUCAAGGAAGAAGGCAGCAAAAAAUGAGGACAACUUGGUGAAACGCGGAUCUACAUCAACAGGUGCCAAGAAGAAGCCAACACACAGCACCAGUGCCUCUACCCGUGACGUCAUGCGGGAACUCAGCCGUCCAACCAAUACACAACACAAGCCCAGCAGGAGAAGAACAAAUGGGAGCCUCAAUGAAGAUGAUGCUCCACCAUUUCCAAUCCAGGCUGUAAGUCAAGCUCGUCCCAGGAAUCGCACCAACCAGGUGUUCAACGCUGAGGUCAGGGGUCAUAAUAGUGAAACCAGGAGGAAACCUUCCAGUCGGAGACCUUUUGAAGAGGAUGAUGAUAAUAUAUGAAGCCAAUCAAGAUGUCAAUCCUGCGAUGACCUGUCAGCUUCUUAGUAGCAAAUAUUUUGCAUUUGUUGAGUGUAGCAUUGCAGUCAUGUACAGGUGAAGUUGAAGGUCAUGUAGACUGACGUUGAAUGUCAUCUUCAUUGCUUCGCGUUUGUAUACGCUAAGUUACCAUCAUCUGGCUCUUUGGACUUGUUUGGGAGGCAUUUAGAAUUUGGGGCACUAAGGAAGGAUAACAAUAUAUGGAUGAACAACUAUUGGUUUAUGGGUUGCUGGCACAAAAUACUGAGAAAAUCUGGAAAAAAUAGUAAAAGUUACAAAACAAUUUAUCGUAACAGACACACAGACAUUAGUUUGCUGAGCUGUUUGUUUUUGGAAAUUAUGUGCAUGCAUGCUUCAUUGGCUGGCAAUCGUAGGUUUUCACAGAUUAGGAGAGGACUCGCUAGUGUUCAGUUAGUACAUUUUGGCUUUAAAUCAUGGGCUGAUGGUAAACAGAUGUAUGUCACCACAACACCAUCCCAUCAACAUCGUCACCACAACAUGCACGUCAGCCUGAUGUAUUCAUGAGGGAUGGAGGUGAAGUGAAGUGUUUAAGUGUAAUGCUGUGUUCAAAAUUAUUACACUGAUGUAGCGACAUGCAUGCUGCCUGUGUGCAUUUGUGUGUCUGUGUGUGUGGUGGAAUUCCUGCUUGUUCUAGUCCAGAUUUAUGCCAUUUUAAUAGUGCUAGCCCACGGAGAUAUAAUGCUGCCACAGUUUUACACUGAUACACUACUCCAGCACAGACUAUGUACUUGUCCAAUCGUCUAUGCUUAAAGCCCUUUAAUGCUGAUUUCCAGACAUCCAGAGUCUAUUGUCUUGACCUGGACAGGGAUCAAACUCUGUCACUUGUGAUUCGUGAAGAUCAGGGUUGGAAUUGAUCUUCAGCAACCCAUGCUUGUCGUAAGAGGCGACUAGCGGUAUCAGGGCCCUUAUUCUUGAAG